AUGCUGAGAUUUUUCUUAAACUUAACAACUAUACUCUUAUCUUUAAGCUUAUUUAAUCAAGCUUAUGGUAUUAGAGUAGAACCAAGAGUAACCGAAACUCUAGAUGUUACAGCAAAGGAAAACAUUAGCGAGAGUCAAGUAUGUGUGUUAAAAACUUUAAAACAGUUGGUAUUGUCCAAUGGAAGAAUCCCACCUAAAAUCACCAAAAAAAGAAUUAACCAGGCUGUAUUACUAUGCAAGGAGAAAAUAAAUACAACUGUAUCUUCCACUAUAGCUGAAGAAACCAUAUUCAUGACUUUAGGCCAAUACGGGCAUCUGUCUGAAAUAGAUACAACCAAAGCUUUAAAAUUUAUAAAUGAAAUUCAAAAAGAAUCAAAAACUACUGUUGGAUCUUAUACACGUAUGUAUAAGUUAAGUCAAAAUAGUCAUUUCUGUAAAUUGUAUGAAGAUUUCAUCUUAUCUGCUUAUCCAAAUGAGUAUUUUAUUUCAUUUCUUCCAGAAGAUGGAGAGAGAUGUCAAGAGUUACUUAAGAGAUUAAAACAAAACUCUUUUUAUUCUUACUGGAGUCAAGGAGGAGUCGUGGCAGAUCAGGCCCAACCAAUUAUUGAUGAUAAUGUUUCAAAUGAUCCAAUUAAAACUAGGGAAACCGUUAUAAAUAAUAUUUUCCAGAAUCCUCAAGUUCAAGAAACUCAAGCUCAAGAAGUACAUAAAUCUGAUAAUAAGACUCAACAGACCAAUCUAGUAGAUGAAAAAAGGUAUGAGGAAUAUAUCUCUGCUAGGUCAGAAAUUGAAAAUAUGGAGUUAGAAGUCGAUCAAGAUUCUGGAUGUUGUUCUUCCUGUUCCUGUGGUAAGAAAAAAACUGAGAAAGAAGAUAAAAAUCUCCAAAAAAUGGUGGAUAACUCCAUGACAGAAGAAGAGUUAGAGCUGAUGAGGCUUGAGAAGGAACUAGAAAAACCAAAAUCGGCUUGCUGUUCUUGUUGUACUUCUAGCAAGAAAAAGAAUAAUAAUAAGGAACAAAAAGAUCAAGAAAAUAAAACAAAUGAAUCUUUGGAUGACGUUGUUGGUGUUGAUACUAACUUGAGGAAAUCAGAAACAGAAGAAAAUAAACAAAAGAACUCUCGCUGUUGUUCAUGCAGCAGUUCCAGUAAGAAGAAUAGUAAGAAACCAAAAGAGGAUGAUUAUAAUAUAAAGGACGAGGAAACAGACAGGAAUGGUGAGCAAAACUUUAGAAACCCGGAGGACUCUGUAUCUGAAGAGAAAGAGUCAAAGUCUAAAAGCCUUAAAAAGAAUAUGGAUUUAGAAUUAUUAGGUUGCUGCUCUUGUUGUUGCUGCAGCAAGAAAGGAAAGGAGAAGGAAAAGGGUGAGGAAGAAAAAAAGAGCAGGAAAUUGUCAGAGUUUGAAGAAGAGUCCAAUCAAGGUCUUGAGGAACAAGAAGAACCAAACAAGGUCAAGAAGGACAGUAAGAACAAAAAAGACAAAAAAGACAAAAAAAACAAAAAAAACAAAAAAGAUAAGAAAGGUAAGGAUAAAGACAAGGAAAAAACCGAAGAUAGUGAAUUAAAUGCAAGAAUCCUUGCGGGAAAUUCCUUGAUUGAAGAGGAGUUCGAAAAAGACGAAAAUUCAGGCUGUUGUUCAAACUCCAGUAGUAGCAAAAGAAGUAAAAAUACCAAAAAUGAGCUAAGGGAGUUAGAAGAGUUAGAAAUGAAACUAGAGGAGGAGGAAAGGAGGCUAGCACAGCAAAAAAUGAGGCAACAGAGUUAG